GUGGUUUGGCUCCGGCUCCGGCAGUGGAGUUUGGGGGCCGUCUUCUGAGAAUUGAUUCCCAUUUCCACCCCCACCCCCGCCUCCGCAAAAGCAAAUGGCUGGCGUAGAAGCAUAACCCGCCUCCACUCCGGAUUUGUGCUUGGUUUUUCUUUUGCACCUUGAGAGUGGCGAUCGUCGUGCUGUGAUGUGUGCCGAGGGAAGAACUGUGAUAAAGUGAUGCUGCGUAACUGUAAUCAGUUGGAUUGCUUAAGGACCAAUGUAUAGUAAAUAAGUGUGCUAGAAGAAUGGAUUAUUAAAAAUAUUGACUCACUAGAAUUACUAGAAUGUAAUUGGACCAGAUCUUCAGAUCACCUGCGUAUCCUGGAUCUCACCACAUUUUGGACAUGACUGAAUGUCUACAAUGGGCCAGGUAUCACUGGCAACAGCUGAUGGGCGGUAGAAACAGGGACGAGGAUGAGAGGUCAUACAGCUAUUCCUCUCUGCUUGUCUGUGGGGGCAAGUCCUCUCAGCCUCCCAGACUGGCAGGAAAGCACCGGGUGGUUGUUCCCCACCUCUGGCCCUUCAAGGAUGAGUAUGAAAAGUACUCUGGCACCUACAUGAAUAACCGAAUACGGACAACAAAGUACACACUUCUAAAUUUUGUGCCAAGAAAUUUAUUUGAACAAUUUCACAGGGCUGCCAAUUUAUAUUUCCUGUUUCUAGCUGUCUUGAACUGGGUGCCUUUGGUAGAAGCCUUCCAAAAGGAAAUUACAAUGCUACCUCUCGUGGUGGUCCUGACAAUUAUUGCAAUAAAAGAUGGUUUGGAAGAUUACCGCAAAUAUAAAAUUGACAAACAGAUCAACAAUUUAGUAACUAAAGUUUACAGUAGGAAAGAGAAAAGAUAUGUCGACCAGUGCUGGAAAGAUGUUGCUGUUGGGGACUUUAUUCGCCUUUCCUGUAAUGAGGUUAUUCCUGCAGACAUGGUCUUACUCUUUUCUACUGAUCCAGAUGGAAUCUGUCACAUUGAGACUUCUGGUCUUGAUGGAGAGAGCAAUUUAAAACAGAGGCAGGUGGUUCGAGGAUAUGCAGAGCAGGACUCUGAAGUUGACCCAGAGAAAUUCUCCAGUAAGAUAGAAUGUGAAAGUCCAAACAAUGACCUCAACAGAUUCCGAGGCUAUCUAGAACAUCCCAACAAAGAACACGUGGGUCUCAGUAAAGAAAAUUUAUUACUUAGAGGAUGCACCAUUAGAAACACAGAGGCUGUUGUGGGCAUUGUGGUUUACGCAGGCCAUGAAACCAAAGCAAUGCUGAACAACAGUGGUCCAAGGUAUAAGCGCAGCAAAUUAGAAAGAAGAGCAAAUACAGAUGUCCUCUGGUGUGUCCUACUUUUGGUUGUGAUGUGUUUAACUGGUGCAUUGGGUCAUGGAAUCUGGUUGAGUAGAUAUGAAAACAUAAUGUUUUUUAAUAUCCCUGAGCCUGAUGGACAUGUCAUAUCACCGGUGUUGGCAGGAUUCUAUAUGUUUUGGACCAUGAUCAUUUUGUUACAGGUCUUGAUUCCCAUUUCUCUCUACGUUUCCAUUGAAAUUGUGAAGCUCGGACAGAUAUAUUUUAUACAAAGUGAUGUGGAUUUCUACAAUGAGAAGAUGGAUUCCACUGUUCAGUGCCGAGCCCUGAACAUCACCGAGGAUCUUGGACAGAUUCAGUACCUCUUUUCUGAUAAGACAGGAACUCUCACUGAGAAUAAGAUGGUUUUCCGAAGAUGUAGUGUGGCAGGGUUUGAUUACUGCCAUGAAGAAAAUGCCAAGAGGUUAGAGUCCUACCAGGAAGCUGUCUCUGAAGAUGAAGAUUCCAUAGACACUCCCAGUGACUCCCUCAGCAAUAUGGCAAAACCGAGGGCCCCCAGCUGCAGGACGGUUCAUAAUGGGCCCUUGGGAAGUAAAUCCUCGAAUCAUCUUGCUGGGAACUGUUUAGCUCUGGGAAGUGGAGAAGGAGCCAGUGAAGUGCCUCACUCCAGACAGGCUGCUUUCAGUAGCCCCAUUGAAACAGAUGUGGUGCCAGACACCAGGCUUUUGGACAAGUUUAGUCAGAUUACACCUCAGCUUUUUACCGCACUAGAUGAGACUACCCCAGAUCCACCACUGGAGACCUUGUACAUCAUAGACUUCUUUAUUGCAUUGGCAAUUUGCAACACGGUAGUGGUUUCUGCUCCUAACCAACCACGACAAAAGAUUGGACUCUCAUCACUGAGUGGAAUGCCUAUAAAGUCCUUGGAAGAGAUUAAAAACCUCUUCCAGAGAUGGUCUGUCCGAAGAUCAAGUUCGCCAUCUCUCGCCAGCGGGAAAGAGCCCUCUCCUGGGGUCCCAAAUGCCUUUGUGAGCAGACUCUCCCUCUUCAGUCGAAUGAAACUGGCUUCGCCUGUGGAGGAAGAGGCCCCCCACACAAGCGAGAGCCCCCAGGGCUCUGGUAACUCUUCUUGCCCUACAGAAACUGAGCAACAGAACAGGGAUCCGGGCCUCCCAGAGGGCGAGGUAGCACCCUCCCCCGGGCAGCCGUCGGCCUCCACCCUGUGUUAUGAGGCCGAGAGCCCCGAUGAAGCGGCCUUGGUGUAUGCCGCCAGGGCCUACCAAUGCACUUUACGGUCCCGGACACCAGAGCAGGUCGUGGUGGACUUCGGUGCUCUGGGGCCAUUAACGUUUCAGCUCCUGCACAUCCUGCCCUUCGACUCAGUAAGAAAGAGAAUGUCUGUUGUCGUUCGGCACCCCCUUUCCAACCAAGUCGUGGUGUAUACGAAGGGUGCUGAUUCGGCCAUCAUGGAGUUGCUCUCAGUGGCUUCCCCAGAUGGAGCAAGUCUGGAGAAACAGCAGAUGAUAAUAAGGGAGAAAACCCAGAAACACUUGGAUGACUAUGCCAGACGGGGCCUACGCACUUUAUGUAUAGCGAAGAAGGUCAUGAGUGACACUGAAUAUGCAGAGUGGCUGAGGAACCAUUUUUUAGCUGAAACCAGCAUUGACCACAGGGAAGAAUUACUCCUUGAAUCUGCCAUGAGGUUGGAGAACAAGCUCACUUUACUUGGUGCUACAGGCAUUGAAGACCGUCUGCAGGAGGGAGUCCCUGAGUCCAUCGAAGCCCUUCAGAAAGCUGGCAUCAAGAUCUGGAUGCUGACAGGGGACAAGCAGGAGACAGCUAUCAAUGUAGCUUAUGCGUGCAAACUACUGGAGCCGGGUGACAAGCUCUUUAUCCUCAAUACCCAGAGUAAAGAUGCCUGUGAGACGCUGAUGAGCACCAUUUUGAAAGAACUUCAGGAGAAGAAUCCCACCUCUCCAGAGCGAGCAUCCCUAAGGGAAGGCUUACAGCACACACAGGACUGCGGGCUUCGGGCUGGCCUCAUCAUCACUGGGAAGGCCCUGCAGUGCACCCUACAGGAGGGGCUGCAGAGGCAGUUCCUGGAGCUGACUGCCUGCUGUCAGGCCGUGGUCUGCUGCCGAGCCACCCCCCUGCAGAAGAGCGAAGUGGUGAAGCUGGUUCGCAGCCAUCUGCGGGUGAUGACGCUGGCCAUCGGUGAUGGUGCCAAUGAUGUUAGCAUGAUUCAAGUGGCAGACAUUGGGAUUGGGAUCUCAGGUCAAGAAGGCAUGCAGGCGGUGAUGGCCAGCGACUUUGCCAUUGCUCAGUUUAAGCAUCUCGGCAGGCUCCUGCUUGUCCACGGGCACUGGUGUUACACACGACUCUCCAACAUGAUUCUCUAUUUUUUCUACAAGAACGUGGCCUAUGUGAACCUCCUUUUCUGGUACCAGUUCUUUUGUGGAUUUUCAGGAACCUCCAUGACUGACUACUGGGUGUUGAUCUUGUUCAACCUCCUUUUCACCUCCGCUCCUCCUGUCAUUUAUGGCGUCUUGGAGAAAGAUGUGUCUGCAGAGACCCUCCUGCAGCUGCCGGAACUUUACAAGGGUGGUCAGAAAUCAGAGGCAUACCUACCCCUUACCUUCUGGAUCACCUUGUUGGAUGCCUUUUAUCAAAGCCUGGUCUGCUUCUUUGUGCCUUACUAUACCUACCAGGGCUCAGACAUUGACAUCUUUGCAUUUGGAAACCCCCUGAACACAGCUGCUUUGUUCAUCAUUAUCCUCCACCUGGUGAUUGAAAGCAAGAGUUUGGUGCUACUCUCCCCUGCGCAAAGAGCACUGAACACCACAUCAUGUGAAGGUGAUGCUCCUUCAUGGCUCGGAUUAUGUGAGUUUCCCUCUGUAACAAAGAUCAGACUCAGCACUCUCAUGACAGGAUGCAUGGCCGUGCUUAAUUUCAAGGGCGCGAGGAAAUGCAGUCCUUCCAGAUGCUUACAAUGGAAUGAAAUUAGAAUAUCGACCCGGAUCCACGUGCUGGUCAUUGCGGGUAGCGUCGUGUCUUAUUUUUUCUUUGCCUUGGUUUUUGGAUCCAUGUGUGUCACUUGCAAUCCGCCGUCCAACCCCUACUGGAUUAUGCAGGAGCACAUACUGGACCCCGUGUUCUACCUGGUUUGCGUCCUCACGACGUGCAUCGCUCUUCUGCCCAGGUUUACAUACCGGGCUCUUGAGGGAUCCCUGUUCCCGUCUCCAGUUCGGAGGGCUCAGCACCUGGACAGACUGACUGCGGAGGAGAGGACGGACGCUCUCAAGAAGUGGCGAGGGGCCGGAACGGCGGGCCGGGCGCCGUGGAAGUAUGCUGAGCGCCCGGCUGCCGAGUCCGAGAGAAGAGGCCCGUCCGGCCCGCCUACCGCCUUGACAGUGGCGUCAGCACCGUCUCGUGCUGUCGAGCAGGGGAGCGCGUCUGUCCGUGAAACCGCCUUGGACUCAGACUGCUCGGAAACCAAGGCCUCAGGGACGGCGAGGCCCUCCGAGGGUUAAAAAAAAAAAAAAAAAGAAAAGAAAAAGAAGCAGGGUAUCCUCCUUGCAGCGGCAAGUCUCCCUUCAAAUCUGGAAGAGGGACUUUGAAGAGGCCCCUCUAGCAAGCAGGAAUGAGGUGGAUUUUUCCCAAAGGGACACGAAGAUUCUUCUGUGCCCGGAAAAGCUGAUGUGAUGACCUUUCUUGUGUGUUUGUAGAUACAUUUGGAGGAGAGGUUGCAGUUUGACCUGAACUGAGUUUCAGGAGGUGAAAUAUUUCAUCCCGAAUCAAAUGCUUUUAUGAAACUUUUUGGAUUUUGUAAAAGCAUUUUAAUUGUCCUAGACGUACAGACAUUCCUAAGGGAUUCAUUUGAGAUGUAUUUAUUUUACUGGGAGAUCUCAGAUUCCAGGGAAAUGCUUUCAGUGAGCAGACUCCAAUCUGAAUUUUCUUUAAUGAAAAAAAAAGUAGUUUUUAGAUCAGUUAGAAAGCAGAAUAGAUUGCCACAUGAAAAAAAAAAUGUUAUAAAUGGUUAAUUUCCAAAGAAAAAAUUCCAAAGAGCCUUUUAAAUGACAGUGUACCUAAAAUAGGGUAAUAACUGUACUGUUGAAAAUGUGGUUAGUGAUUAUUAAUAGCUUUUCAUUUCCUCCAGGAAGAUGCCUUUGGUCGUCUGACUGCCGAUGUAAGGCAUCCGUCUCUGCUCAUUUCGGUGUUCUCUUGAGGCGGAGCCUUCAGGUGGAAGGGGCAGACCGGUGCCAGGGUUCGGUAGGAAUAUGUUCCUCUCUCUGCUUUUGGGCAAGAGAAGACCUUUUAUGAGGUCUGCCUCUGUGCAGGUGUCAGCUGGGAAACAUAGACCGUAGGUAGGACAGACCCAGUCGGCUCAGUCUGUAGCCUGCUUGGCAAUCUCCUGUGUUCUAAAACUUGCAAUAGCCUGAUCAAGAUGAAACAAUCAAUUUGAAAACAAUCUGCAAGGUCUCUGGUGUUGUAGCCUUUAAAAAUGAGAUAUUAUGCAUUGAGACUAAUACAGGUGGUUCUCAGCAGGAUUCCGUGAGGUUCUUAGAAAAAUUUGUUUUUAAAUACAUUUUAGGACAGGAAUGUCGAUAGCAAGUUAGUUGCUAGUUGCAAAUCAUGUGUGUUGGCUUUAGUUGGAACAAAGAGACUAGUUUACCAACUAAGCCCAGAUGUUACAAGAUCAUCUAUUUUUGUUGAGUUCUUUUAAAAUUCAGUAUCUAUUCAUCUGAAAAUUGCCAGCCACUAACCACCCAGAAUCUCCUUCCUGAAAUCUCCAUGCUGAUGUUCUAUGUGUGUAUCAAGAUCUUAUGACUAUUAAUCUGUUAUCCUCAGGGCUUCAUCUUCUCCUGCUGCCUCUUUGUCCUGGUCUGACAUUUUUUUUGUAACUCUCUGAUAUUACUGCAAAUAGUCUUUUAUAGAGACUGAUUUCUAGAACUUUCAAAAUCCCACAUGGCUAUUGGAGGUUGUUUUCUGCUUUCUUUAAUGAUUUUUAAAAAUAAACUGUUUAAUAAAUCA